AGCUCGGUGGAGAGCUCUUCAGGUUCAUCGGAGAUCUGAUCGGAGAGCUCAUCAGGUUCGUAAAAAGCUCGUUUGGCCUUGUCGGAUUUGGCCGCCGUAAAACAAUUGGAAGUUCAUCGGAUUUGGAUCUGAAGAGUUUGUGGGAGAAAAUAGAUUAGGGGUACAAUAAUAUUUUCUCUGUUUAAAUUUUAAUGGUAAAGAUAUUAAUGUAAAAAUGAAAUGUGGUAUUAUAAAAGUGGUAUUAGCUACAAUUUCUCUUGUUGUAUCUAAUUAAACUCAGAAUAAAAAUCAUAUGACAAGGGGAAAAAAAAGAAAAAAGAAAAAAGGAAAACCAAUAAAAAAGGUAUCAUCUUCAGCUUCUUCUAGACGGCGAAGAGUAACCACACAAAAACUUUUCCUCCACCUCCAAUCGCUCUGCGAAAAUCUCAUGUUCUGUCGACUACCAUGAAGGCUUGCAAUUUCAUGUGCCCUUCCGCCCCGCCCAGAUUCACCACCUCCACGCCUUUUCCGCACCUUCGCACGUACACCUCACGCGCCGCCCCUUCGCUGCAGGUGAAGUCCUUCCAGCGCGGCGACUUCGACCGCUUCGCCGAUAACAUCAAGUCGGGCAAGGCUUGGAGAGACGCGUGGCGGACCGCCAACGAUGGAUUCGAGCAAUUCGUCUUCGAGGCUAAGAAAACGGCCGAGCGAAUCGACCGUGAGUACGCCGUCUCUCGCCGUUUAAGCUCCGCCGCAAGCUCUGCCGGGGACCGUGCUCGGGAGAUUGAUCGUGAGUAUGGGAUUAGCCCACGUGUCAGGACAUUAUCCGCCGAUUUUAGUAGAAAUUUCCCCAAGUACAGGAAGCAGUUCAGUGACUUCUUGAAUACACCUCUCGGUGGAAGUUUUGCUACUAUUUUCUUUCUUUGGUUUGCUCUCUCUGGAUGGCUGUUCCGAGUGAUAAUAGUCGCAACAUGGGUUCUUCCCAUUGCUGGUCCUCUUCUCAUUGGUGCAGUCGCCAAUAACUUCGUCAUCAAGGGAGAAUGCCCAGCGUGUAAGAGGCAGUUCAUAGGAUACAAGAACCAAGUGAUCAGAUGCGAGGGAUGUAGGAACAUCGUGUGGCAGCCACAAGGCGAUUUCUUCUCAAGAGACGGUAGCAACAACAGUAGCAGCAACAACAAGGGUAACUCUAAAAAGCCGCCUAAGUCCCAAAUCAUCGAUGUCGAUUUUGAGGAGAAGUGAUGAUCAGACAGACAGAGCAGAAGGCGAUUACAAAGUGUGUUUUGGUAGUAGCUGAAUCAUUUGCUGUUUUUGUUUGUUCUAUAAGCUGCAGCGAUGCAGAAAGGCGCUCUCGUUUUGAUUGUUGUGUAUAUUAUAAGGCCUUUGUGUAGAUGAACAAAUGUAGUGUCCAAGGGUACACGAGGCGACGAGAGACUUAACUGAAACUUAUAACUAGUCAAAUCUUAUGAAAGAACAUCUUAGAUCUCUA